AUGUUGCGACAUUUGCGUCCAGUGAAUCUGGGACUGCGGAGCCCGUCGGAGGAGAUAUGGCGAAAUGCGUUUCGGGCGCCAUGGAGCGGAGCGAAUUCUCGUCGAUCGUGCGCGCUGCACGUAAUGGCGAGAAAUGCACGGAAUGAGGGCGGCGGCGACGCGAGCAGCAGCAGUCCGAGAAUUGCCGAAGGCGCGGCGCGGAAUCCCGGCGUGCCGAGAGUGGUGCUGAAGAAGGGCAAGGUGCAGAUGUUCAAGGACGGGAGCCCGAUGGUGUACAGCGGCGCGGUGGAUUGCGUGGUGGGCAAGCCGCCGCCGCGCUCGGGCGAGACGGUGCUCGUCACGGACGCGGCGAAGCAGCCCUUCGCGUGGGGCGUCUACAAUCAGGACUCGAUGUUCCGCGUGCGCAUCAUGCAAAUGGAGGCGGACGCCGAGCGCGACCCGUCGUGCUUUCUCGACAUGGAGAAGCUCAUCUUCUCGAGAGUGGCCGCGGCCGUGGAGCUGCGCAAGCUUCUGGGCCUGCCCUCGUGCGACACCAAUGUAUUCCGCCUGAUCAACAGCGAGGGCGAUGGCCUCUCGGGCCUGAUCGCCGACGUGCUCGGCGAGCAUCUGGUCGUGGCGUCGUCGGCCGCGUGGGUCGAGAAGUACCGCCCCACCAUUGAGGCAGCCCUGACUGCGGCCACUGGCGGCAUUGCGUCCAUCACCUGGAGGCCCUCCGUCGACAUUCUCAAGGACGAAGGCCUGAGCCUCCAGGACCCCACGGAUUUCUUGAUCGACCUCCCCGGUGAGCUCGACGAGGUCGAGGUGGUGGAGAAUGGCGUCAGGUUCAUGGCGUCUGUGUCCGGGCAGAAGACGGGAUUUUAUGCCGAUCAACGCGAGAGCCGAUUCUUCCUGCGCUCACUCUGUGAGGGCAAGACGGUGCUCGACCUCUGCUGCUACAGCGGAGGCUUUGCGCUGAACGCAGCAGCGGGCGGAGCCUCGCAUGUGACGGGCGUGGAUUCGUCGGGCCCUGCGAUCGAGUUGGCCAGAGCCAACGCCGCGCUCAAUGGAAUCGACCCGUGUCGCAGUACCUUCAUCCGGCAGGACAUCAAGAACUUUUUGAGCCACUCUGUUGCAGAAGGAAGGUCCUGGGACGUCGUGAUUCUCGAUCCGCCGAAGCUUGCCCCCAAUCGGAAGGUCCUCUCGCGUGCCAUAACUCAGUACCGAAGACUGAACGCCCUGGCCAUGAAGGUGAUCAACCCCAGCGGUCUCCUCAUGACUUGCUCGUGCUCCGGCGCCAUGACGCAAAGUGGCAAUUUUGUUUCGGUUCUGCAGGAGGCCUCCAAGCAAGCGGGUCGAAAAUUGACCCAAUUGCGCUACGCGGGUGCAUCGCCCGACCACACACUAGACGUCUCGUACCCCGAGGGCGCCUAUUUGACGAAUGUGCUCCUCAGGGUGCUGUAA